ACACAGUUCCGCCUUGAUUACAAAUUCCGCCCGGACACAAAUGCGAUGUAACACAACCAAGACAUUACAAUGAAAAUGACAGACAAAAACAAUCCAGAAACGUCUGUGGAUGAGGUUAAAACCCUUAUUAAAAAGAAAGAUAACAUCGAAGAGCAGAUUAAAGCCUACUACGAUGUCCUGGAAGACUUUUCACAGCAAGGCGUUGGGCUUGAUGGUCCCUUAGUAGACGCGGAAGGCUACCCGAGAAACGACGUCAAUUUGUACCAGAUAAGAACCGCCAGACACAAUAUUUCAUGCCUCCAGAACGACCACAAGGCAAUCAUGGUGGAGAUCGAGGACGCCUUGCACAGGCUUCACGCUCGUGAGAAAGCCAAGCAUCGGCAGGACCGGGCGCAGGCACUUGAGGAGACCACGGCGCAGCGGGACAGACUCCCGCCUGCCUUUGCACGUGUGGAUGCCGUCACUCAGGGAUCACCUGCCUCUGUGGCCGGCCUCAAAGUGGGAGAUGAAGUGAUUGAGUUUGGUUCCGUGAACAGUGGCAACUUCCAAAACCUCCACAACAUUGCGUCUGUGGUGCAGCAUAGUGAAGGGAAGCCGCUGCGAGUGACAGUGGUCCGUGAGGGUCAGAGAGCCAACAUGAGCUUGACUCCACAGCGGUGGUCUGGCCAGGGUCUGAUGGGGUGCAAGAUUGUCCCCAUGCCUCCGCCAUGAGCUUCAAUGACCUUCAUGUGAAUAAACACUUUCAAAUUCAGACACGGCAUCCUUGUAUUUGAGUUUCUAUAUUUGAAAAAGUAUUCAUCACUACAACAUGAUUGAAAAUUAAACAUGUUAACUGGGCAAACACAUGAUUUAUGUCUAAAGGUUCAAGAGGUAAUGAUCAUGAUGCUUUGAGUUUCUUCUUUUUGCCUUUGACCAUUUGUGGGAGCUGGAUUUUGAAAGCAGUCCUACAAAACAGACAAAUUUUAUGAAGCAAAAAUUUCAAAGUAUAGAGGUGAUGAACAGUGUCUUAAAAACUUACUCGCAAGUUGUACAGAUGGGGCUGAAGUUGCAGAAUACUGUGGUGGAGAAAGGAGUAGCACAAGUAUAAUACAGACUGUAAUAGGACUUUCUCCCUAAAACUGUCUAAAAAGGAAAAAGAUUUGUUAACAUUAUCUACUUUAAUUAUGAAAAAUAAAUUUUAAAAAAAUACAAUAUUUGGUCAUUCAUUACAAAUGUCAAAAUGCUAUUUGACAAAUUCUGCUGUAAAAUAUACUGUAUUAGCCCGAAUAUAAGACGACCCCCUCUUUUUCAAGACUCAAGUUUGAAAAAAGACUUUUUGAACACCAAAUUAAUUUUUAUACAGAAAAUAAUUACAACAAUAUAUUUGAAAGAAAAAGCAUGUUAUUUUGCCUCAUUUAAAUAUGUAAACUAGAGCUGAAACGAAUACUCGAGCAACUCGAGUAACUCGAGUUUAAAAACUGAUCCGAGUAAUUUUAUUCACCUCGAGUAUUCGUUUAUUUUGACAGCUCUAAGCAUCACGUUUUGCUCGGACUACUUUUAAUGCGGGACAACGCGCUGAUGUCACGUGCGUAGAGGAAGAAGCAAAAAAAAAAAAACUUACUGCAGCAGACAGCCGCUACAAACGACUCCGACGUUGCAAAAUACUAGCCUGCACAUGCUACGUUAGUUGCAGUUAGCUCUGGUGAGUCUCAUAGAGAUCACAUGUAUGUUGAACUAGAUGCACAAUGACAGACUAGGCCGCGUCUGGGCAGCGUUAGCAAACAGCCGCCAUCUUAAAGCAGUAGAGCGCUAAGCGCUAAUAUAUAAGAUUAACGUUACUGUCACUACUAGCUCACGUGACGUUAGCCCUGCGGAGGGCUAGGUUUCUAUUAAUUAAGACCACUUUCGAUGCGUGGCUAACGUGUCUUACAUAAAGGCUUUAACAUAACAUAGCGUUGUGGAGUGAUGAGGGUGUCAAAUAAAAACUCAAUAAUGCUAACUAUCAAUUUUAGCUCAGUAGUCAUUGCUGGAUAAAACACCAAGUAGCACUAGUCCCUAAUGUGCUCCAAUACAGCCUGUAUCAUACAUUUAUUUUGAACACUGCAAAAAUUCAAAAUCCUAUCAGGACUUACAGUUUAGACUAACUUAAAACUUUACUAGAACUUAAAAAUGGCUUGACACAAAUAAAAAUUCAAUUGAAAAACGUGGGGAAAAAUCGUAACUUUUAAG